AAUAGACUAGAUCUAGUUGGUAGUCCUUGUCAACUACGGCGUGGCGCAGCCUCGGUAGGGGUGGUACGCCAUGCGACUGUCUUUUCAACCGGUCUAAGCGCACAGCGUGGACUAUCUAGAAACCAUACAUCAGUGCAUCACUAGUCUUGUCGCCGUGGGUGUUACAGCCAGAGUCAUGCCACGUCAUGCCACGUCCGUAUAACGAUGGCCUGCAUAUCUUGCUGUCUCCUUACGUGUCACCGACGGACACCUGCCUCUUGAUUACCACUGGCCGCGAGUACGGAUGUCUCCGACCUCACUUUCCGGGCUUGACAGCUACUUCUCGCAUAGGUAACGGACAAUGACCCUUGUACAGUAUGCUCAAGGGCUGUGCUACCGUGAAUGUCCCGCGCUUUGAAAAAGGCAUUAGGAGGUAUAACCGCCGCUCUUCUAACGUCUUAUUUACGGCAGUAUCAACGACUCCAUUGCUUGAAUGAUAUGGAGGCGGACCGUCAAGUUCCGGCCGAUAUCUCCUGGAUUAUCGGCCUCAACGAAGAAUGUUGCUUCCGCGGUCGAGGGAAGGUCUACGUCUUGGGGCCCGAUUGUGACCAACCCUCCUCUGACGAGAGAAUGUUCUGCAAGACGGCAUUCGAGGCGUUCAAAAAAGUCCCACGCUUCUUCUAUCUCCCGGCAGCUAUGAGCAAUGAGGAACGGGACCAUUGGACUUCCCUCGGGAAUGACCACAAACUCAAGUUGGCAUAUCGACGUCCACGGCAGACAGGCCUACCGAAUUAUAUACCCGUCCUACCGUUCGACCUCUCAAUCGGCCACAAAGAACCCCAAAUCGAGUCCUCUAAAGCGGCACCGGUCACGAUUUGCGUGCGCAGCUGUCUCAUAAAGGCGCUUGUCGGCCUCACUUCUGAACUCGAAGCUGCCUGUAACCUUGACACAGGCCUGGUACUCACCAACUUAGCUGGCUGGUCACGAUUCGAACCCUGGAGUCGCCAAGGACUCCACGCAGUGGUCCAUGAGCUGGAUAAACUGUACACGGAGCACCCCGAGCAUCUCGAGUUCUAUUCGAGCCUGGUGGACGGCUUGGUCACGGCAGCAAACACUGCGGCUGGAGUCGGCCAGGCAUAUGGUUUCGUGCCGGGGGAAGCUCGGGAGGUUAAGAAAGAGAGGGCUCAAGCUUCGCGACAGUGGAGGCAAGAGAGAGGGGAGCAAAGGAAGAAGGAAAAUCAGCACAAGUCUUCAGGCUGACCGUGUAGGCCUCUCAAAAUCGGUAUCUAGAAAAUCGAUUCCCACACUAAUAAGCGUCCUGGCAUGACCCGUAGUAUCUUCUUCCAACUUACCAUGAUUCAAUGGACACGAGCCCUGACCAGGAAGUCCGAUAUGGCCGCUAGGAAACAUCCCCAGCCUUCCAAGGUUGUUCAGAGAUA